AAGAGUUUGUGUAGGGGCGGGGGAGUGAGUUAGUGGCGAGCUCACAGCUGCUUGUUGUCAUGGAGGAGCAAAGAUGGCGGUCCUGGCCUACAGCCUGGGCAAGCGAGAAAUAAACCAACAUUUUACCAUUAAAAACGCCAAGCUGGUAUCUUUGGUGCUCGUUAUACUGCUCUUCACAUUCCACACGGCUUCGCGGUAUUUCGGAGGCGGAGAUUCUUGUGAAUGGCUGCUGUCCAGCGGACGUUACUUGGGGGAGAACGUUUGGCAGCCUUAUGGCUGCAUGAUGCACAAAUACAAAAGCAUGGAAGCCAAAACUUGCCUUUCAAAAAAGCGAGUGGCCUUUAUAGGAGAUUCCCGAAUCAGACAGCUAUUUCAUUCCUUCAUCAAAGUUAUUGACCCUGGCCGAAGGGAUGGCGGUGUCAAGCAUGAAGACAUUUCUUUUGAAGAAAAGAGCUCCUCUCUAUAUGUGGACAUGCUGUGGUAUCCAGAGGCAAAUAAUUCAAUGAAGGAGCGCUUGAUAUCAUGGACACACGAAGGUUCCACAAAGCCAGAUGUUGUCAUCCUCGGUGUUGCAACAUGGUCUAUCAAGUUGCAUGGGGGCCGCAGUGAGACGUUACAGCAGUACAAAGUCAACGUGACAGCCAUCGGCAUUCACCUGGAGAGGCUGGCCGAGCAUGGAGAGGUCUACUGGGUCCUGCAAGACCCCGUCAAUGAGGAGGUGUUGAGCAAGGACAGGAAGAUGAUCACCAACCAACAGCUGGAGAAGUACAAUGAAGCGGCAGUGGACGCGCUCGGCGGCAGCAAACGUCUUGACAGUUCGCGGGUCAAGCUGAUGUCUGCAAAACGCCAGGCAGCGUUAGAGACAAUUGACCAGACGAGCGAUGGACUACACAUGCCUGAAAGCACCGUAGAUGUGGGAGCCAUGGUGCUGAUGAACGCUGUGUGCAACAAGCUCCUGAGGCCUAUCGAUGGCUCCUGCUGCCAGACGUUACCACCACCCAACCUCUUCCAGAAACUAUGCGCCUGCUUCUUCGUGGGCUCUGCCCUCGUCCUCCUGACCCUCCACAUCCUCGGCAACAACCGCCAACAUCGGCCUGUUCCGCCGGACGUGGAGAGUCUUGGAGAGAAAAAGCCAUCGACAGCAGCAGGCCCUCUGGGUCUGAAGGCACCGUUCCAGGCCUUGUGCAGGAUGGGAGUCAUCAUGGCGUACUUUUACCUUUGUGACCGGGCCGACGUGUUCAUGAAGGAGCAGAAGUUCUACACACACUCCACGUUCUUCAUUCCGCUCAUCUAUAUAUUUGUCCUGGGGGUGUUCUACAGCGAGAACAGCAAAGAGAGCAAACUAUUGAAUCGUGAUCAAACAGACGAGUGGAAAGGCUGGAUGCAGCUGGUCAUCCUCAUCUAUCACGUGUCGGGAGCAAGCGCUUUUGUUCCCGUCUACAUGCACGUGCGCGUGCUGGUCGCCGCUUACCUUUUCCAGACGGGCUAUGGACACUUUUCCUUCUUUUGGCUGAAAGGAGACUUUGGACUAUACAGAGUGUGCCAGGUUCUUUUCCGUCUCAACUUCCUGGUGUUGAUUUUGUGCGUGGUGAUGGACAGGCCAUACCAGUUCUAUUACUUUGUCCCACUCGUCACCUUCUGGUUUGUUGUCAUCUACGGCACGCUGGCCAUGUGGCCACAGAUCCUGCAGAAGCGAGCUAACACGAGCGGCAUGUGGCAUCUUGGUGUCCUGGCCAAGCUUCUGGGCCUUCUGGUCUUCAUCUCUGUCUUUGCCUUCUCACAGGGUUUCUUUGACAGCAUCUUCUCAGUCUGGCCCCUCUCCAAACUGUUUGAGCUCAACGGAAGCAUCCAUGAAUGGUGGUUUAGAUGGAAGCUGGACAGAUUUGCGGUGAUACACGGCAUGUUGUUUGCCCUCAUCUACCUGCUGCUGCAGAAGCGCCAGGUGCUGUCCGAGGGCAAAGGAGAGACACUGUUUUCGGCCAGGAUCUCCAACCUGCUCCUCUUCUUCUCUGUCAUCACCUUCAUCACAUAUUCUGUGUGGGCAAGCAAAUGCAAGAAGAAAAGCGAGUGCAACGAGAUGCAUCCAUACGUUUCUGUGGUGCAGAUCUUAGCCUUCAUUCUCAUUCGCAACAUCCCAGGCUACGCUCGCUCAGUCUACAGCUCAUUCUUUGCCUGGUUUGGCAAGAUUUCCUUGGAGCUGUUCAUCUGUCAGUACCAUAUCUGGCUGGCGGCGGACACCAAGGGCAUCCUGAUCCUGAUCCCGGGAAACCCUUCUCUAAACAUCAUGGUCAGCUCCUUCAUCUUCGUGUGCGUAGCUCACGAGAUCUCGCUCAUCACUAACGACCUCGCCCAGGUGGUUAUCCCCAAGGACACGGUGGCUCUGCUGAAAAGAGUGGGGGCUGUGGGGGUCCUGGCGCUACUGGUCCAGAUGAUGACCAGAGACAGUUCGCUGGCGCAUGGGACCUGAUUAAAACCUGCUGACUCAUUAUUUAAGUGGUAGGAGAAUGAGGAGGCUGCUGAUGGACAACAUGACUCGUCUGCCUGCUGUGAUAGUCGCACACUGAAGAACUAUUCCAAAACAAGUUUACAUGAGCCAUUAGUUCAAGCAUUUCAAGACUUACAGCAGACUGAAGGAUCAACACUCCGUCCACUUCACCUAUCAGCUUCUGUUUGAUGACCUUCAAUACUUCAAAUAUGCAAACUCGCUCUGACAUGACACAUUUUGCUAACUUUUUGUGUGAGUAAUCUGGUCCUGUGGUCAUCUGCUGUCGCUCUGAAAUUCUGUGUAAUACAUGUACAGUAUUUAA